GUGUGAGUAAUGGCGAUGGAGAGACGCUUCAUUAUCGGAUCCGCAAUCGGGUAUUAGAAGGGGAGGAUUGGCAGUUGGGAAACUGAAACCAAACAUCACACCAGGAGCUGACAGAGUCGCACAAUGUAUAUCGGAGCCCGAAUGUCAUCGGAUUUUGAACAUGGAAGGAAAAAGCACCAUUCACAGUGGGGAGAAACCGUACAUGUGUUCUGUGUGUGGACGAAGCUUCAGCCGAUCUUCUGACCUGUCAAAGCACAAGCACAGUCACACCGGGGAGAAACCAUGGAAAUGUGGAGACUGUGGGAAGGGAUUCCGUUACCCGUGUGAGUGGGAAGCUCAUCAGCACAGUCACACUGGGGAGAGGCCGUUCACCUGCUCUGCGUGUGGGAAGGGAUUCACUGACUCAACCCACCUGCAGACACACCAGCGAGUUCACACUGAGGAGCGACCUUUCAAAUGCCCAGACUGUGGGAAGUGCUAUAAAAGUUCCGGGAACCUGAUGUCCCAUCAACGUGUUCACACUGACGAGAGACCAUUCAGGUGCUCUCACUGUGGAACUGGGUUCAGGUGGUCAUCUCAUCUCACUGAGCACCAGCGCAGUCACAGUGGAGAGAGACCAUUCACCUGUACAGAGUGUGGGAAGGGAUUCACUCAGUCAUCACACCUGUUGACACACCAACGAGUUCACACUGACAAGAGACCUUAUAAAUGCCCUGACUGUGGGAAGGGCUUUAAAAGUUCUGGGAACCUGAUGCGUCAUCAACGUGUUCACACAGACGAGAGACCAUUCAGGUGCUCUCACUGUGGGACUGGGUUCAAGACAUCAUCUGAACUCACUGUACACCAGCGGGUUCACACUAGGGAGAGGCCAUUUACCUGCUCCGAGUGUGGACAGGGAUUCAGUCAGUCAUCGACCCUGGUGACACACCAGCGGGUUCACACUGGAGAGAGGCCAUUCACUUGCUCUGAGUGUGGGAAGGGGUUCACUCAGUUAUCUAAUCUGCUGAGACACCAGCGAGUUCACACUGGGGAGAGACCCUUCACAUGCUCCAAGUGUGGGAAGGGAUUCAGUCAGUCAUCUGUGUUGCUGAGACACCAGCGAAUUCACAAGUAACUACAGUGAUUGGAUUUUGCUGUUAAUCACAUCCAGGACUUAACCAUGUUCAUUGGGCUCUGUUUCUGCUGAAGUUAAUACACUCCAGCCCAGUUAUAGGGGUAAAUAUUCUGGAUAAAGUCAAAUAAACCAGCCUUCUGUUCAA